GUUCCCCCUCCUGUGUGAAGCGGCAGCCAUUUUAAUUUAGUCUGUGUGGCUCGACUGCAGCUGCACCUAAUGAAACGCAGGAGACAGGAAGGCUGCGGGAUCUUUCCAUCUGAUUCAUAUAUAUUUUCCAUAUUUUGGGAAAGUAACACCUCUCGCGUAGACUAUUAAUGCACGUGUGCUACACGGCUUGAUUACUUGGAAUCGCACAAGGAGAGAAGGGAGCUGCACUGGCUGGAGGCCUGUAUGAAGCUGUAUGAAGCAGUAUGAAGCCUGUAUGAAGCCUGUAUGAAGCUUGUUUGUUGGUGUAUGCCAUGAGUUGUGACGGGAAGCUUGUAGAGAAGGCAGUCCACUCGUGGUCCAGAUUCGCCUCUGCGGGACAGGCGGCUCUCGUCGAAGCCCUGCGGGUCUUCAGUCCCAUGUCCAAGGACUUUCUGGACACGGAGACGCAGCUGCUGUCCUUUCUGCAGGGGCUGAGGGAGGAGGGCCACAAGCCCACCGUCCUGAAGAGCAAAGAUGUUUACGGCUACAGCUCCUGCACGGCUGAGCCCCUGCCCGCCGUCAGGAUCUCCAAGCCCCUGGAUCCCUCCAGAGUCCCCAAAGCGCAGCGGCCGGUGCGGCGGCGUGGCAGGAAGUCCGGCUCCAAGAAGAAGGAGAUGAACUACACCCUGCUGAGCGCCGCGGCCAAGAUCGUCCUGAAGAAGCAGCCCAAGAUCCUCCUGACCAACCUGUCCCAGGAGUCCCUCCGGCAGACGGGCCUUUCCCCGCCCCCCGUCCUGGCUGUGAGGGCGACCCCGUCCUGCUUGAAACUGACGAACAUGACGGGCCCCUCGUCCGGCCACACCGCCAGGCUGCAGGUGCACACGGGUCUGGGGCCGCGGGGCGUCGCAGGGGCCCCCCCUCGCCGGCUGCCCUCGCUGCCCGGGAUGCCUGCUGCGCUGCCCAGCGCAGUCACUUUGGAGAAAACUCGGGUUAUCUCCUGUCCGGUUAAGAUGGGCAUGGCCCUGAUCGGAGACUCGGCCCCCGUGGUACAUGCCAAUGGCAGGGUCCUGAAGGAAAGCAACAACUACAAAAUGGCUCCCGUCAGGAUGGGCAGAGUCAAAGGGGCCAGUAAACUGAUGUGGAGGGACAAGAGCGCGGUCAGGACUCUGAAAAGGAGAUUGUCGGAGGAACCGGAGGAGAAGAUGAUGAGGAAGAGGGCGAGGAAGGGCGUGUGGGUCAUGCAGGGUCAGGACGACUCUCGGCUGAAUAACCUGAGGUUCAAGGUCAUCAAAGUGGAUGACACCAUCACUGAUGAGGAAGUCCGGAGAAAAGCCCAGAAAAUAUUACGGGUAAAUUUAUCACCUGUAAUAGAGAUUCAACCCCUCAUUCCUUACCCUGUAUAAAGGACAACUGCACGAUCCCACAUCCUUUUUUCCAUUUUUAUUACUUUUUUAUACAAAGAUCGCUGAGCCUAAACUUGCCAGUAUGAAAGUAUUUUUGGAUGGUAAAUUCACAUUUUGUUUUUGAGGAAAAGGGAUCUCAUCCAGCACAAAGAAUGCAGCCUACUCUACUGACGGUCCUGCUGAGGGGUAGAGGUGGGAGUCCUGAUGCCUUGCAAGGUGGUGCUGUGGAGGUUUCUGCUGAAUAUCUUGCAGAUUUAAAGCUUGACAGCUUUCUGAGAUAAUGCACUGUGAAAUGCCAUUUUCAUACAGUUUGUUGAGGGAAAAAUACAUUUGAUAGAAGCCAUGCCACAUUACUAUGCAGUAUCCAUACAAGUGUGUUUCUUUUCAUACAGUAAAGUAACUUUAGCCACGUUCAUUUCUCACAAAUAUUUGGGACCAUGUCUGUAUUGAUACCGAUUUCUUUUUGUAUGUCAUUCUUUUGCUAUAUUGACAUGUUUCAUUUUGAGUUUACAAAAUGGAUAUUGAGGAUCUGAAAGGGUAGUGCUAGAACAGUGCCUCUGAAGUUAAUUGUAGGCUUCUACUUUUAUCCCAUUUUUGUAUUCAGUUUGGUAUCCAUUUUGAUAUGAAUCUUGAUCUUACCAAAUUAUUCAGAAAAUGUGUUUGCUGAAUGUAAGCACUUUUGUAUGGUAAACGAACCAUUCAUUUUGGGGCAGGACUGAUUGCCUUAUUAUUUUGCACAGAAACGUUUCUUUAUAGUGCAUCAAAGUAAAGUGUGACGCUGCCUGUGUGUGUGUGUGUGUGUGUGUGUGUGU